AUGCAACAUUCUACGUAUGCCUCGAAGAUUCAGGCAUCACUUCAGCAGAACAAUGAAAUAUCUUCAUUUGUAACGCCAUCCACAGUCCGGAUGUAUCAGAUCGUCACUGGUCCAAACCCGAACCAAUUAGAGCCUUCUGAGUACGGACUGGUCCACAAUGUCGGUGGGCACCAGUGUCCUCAAUAUUCUGAUUCACGGACAUCCAUGGUGUUAUUGCCCUCUGUCUCCCAUUAUGAACCCGAGUUGAAUGCUGGCAGAUUGUCUUAUUCUCCUUCUAUCUCUUCAACUCAUAAACUUUUCGGUCCAAGCAUUUCCUCUAGUAUGACAAAGACUUCUCAACGGGAAAAAGAUUUGUCUUCAAAUAGAGUAGCCUCUCGCCCACACCUACGGAAACCACCACCGCGACAUCAAAAACAACGUCACUACACAAUCUUGAAGUCCAGCCCACCAUUACGACAAAAAAAUGGACGAUCUGGGAAUCGAACCCAGGACCUACCGCAUGCUAAGCGUGAACAACCAUUUGAAUUGUUGAAGGCGCGAGCGAGAGAUUGCCCUAGUGCGGGAGCUCCGCACGGAAGACCCCCGAGUCCACAGAUACCGGCCCGGCAUUCAAAUGAUACCAAGCCCGAACCGAACGAGCCGGCUAAUAAGGGACUUUGCUGUAUAAUGUCGGGACCAGCUGGCAGUACUUUGCAGCUUGAUUAUCUAAGCAAAUGCCAAGGGGUCGCUCUUCGGUGUUUCGCGCUCUCAGCCCGCCGGCCCAUCACCGCUCAAGCAAACGAGACGACUUCGCUCUUGCCAUCACGAAAUACCCAUCCCGAUACCACCGCCGAGGAAACAGAAACAAUGAGCAGCCAGGCCUUUUGGAGAGUCGGUGCCAUCUUCGGCGCCACCGCCGUCGGUCUCGGAGCCUUCGGAGCCCACGGCCUGAAGAACCGCAUCUCUGAUCCCGCAAAGAUUGCCAGCUGGUCCACCGCCGCUCACUAUCAACUCGUCCAUUCCGUUGCCAUUCUCAUCGCUCGAUCCAACCCCCUCGCCGCCGGUCUUUUCACCGCCGGCGCGACCAUGUUCAGCGGUAGCAUCUACGCCCUUAUCCUCAACCCUGAUCUCAAGUUCCUCGGUCCCGUCACUCCAAUUGGUGGCCUUGCUCUGAUUGCUGGCUGGCUCGCCUUGGCUUUCACCAAGGGUCGCUCUCCGACCCAGAGGAAUGCAAUUGACUCCAUUCUUGUAAUACUACCUACAGACUGUUCCUAUUUGACUUAUCAUUCAUGUCUUUACCCAAACCAUGACUUUGAUGGGCUCACGUGCCUUACGCGGGUACCUUCACUUGCCGGGCGCCCUAACAUGGAAGGGGUUGCUGUCAGCUUACCACAACCCCUGAGACUAAGAGCCGCCGGGGUAACACGGUCAGCCCUACGUGAUAUCGAAUACAGGCUGCGCACCAUCUUCUUCACGGGGUUCAUUCUUGGCAUGGUUGCCUUUCUACAUCGAGCAUAUUCGGUGAUGACCCCUGUCCAGAUGACGACGUUUGAGCCUGGGGAAUUGGCUAUUCAUACUCAGGUGACAUUUUCCGCCACCAAAAUGACAACUUUCUCUCAUACCAUUUCCAAUUCCUCAAAAACAAUAAUCAUGACCAAUCAUCAAACCUCACGCCCCAAGACCAUGCGCGCCGUGGUCUGGGAAGGCAAACCCUAUGAGAUGGCUGUCAAAGCAGAUAUCCCACUCCCGCGUCUCGAGGAGCCAGAAGACGCCAUCGUCCGCAUUACCACAUCUGCUAUCUGCGGCACUGACCUUCACAUCUACCAUGGCAUCAUGUCCAGCGCCGAAGUGCCCUACCCCGUAGGCCACGAGGCUAUGGGAAUUGUCGAGGAAGUAGGGGAUGCCGUCGACAAUCUGCAAGUCGGUGAUCGCGUUGUCGUCUUUGGCCUUCCCGAAGACGGUGUCAUCGACACUGACAACCAGAUCUUUCCUCAGCUUGGUGGAUUCGGUCUUGGCAAAGACUUUGGCGACCUAGGUGGUCUCCAAGCCGAGUACGUCCGCGUGCCCUUCGCUGACAGCUCCCUCAUCAAGAUUCCUAAAAAGCUCUCCGACAAGGAGUGGCUCUUCCUCAGCGACAUCUUCCCCACCGCAUGGGAAGGGCUGAACUGGUCGGGCUUCCAGCCAGGCGACUCCGUGGCUGUCUUUGGUGGCGGUCCCGUCGGCCUGCUCUGCGCCUAUAGCGCCAUCAUUCGCGGUGCUAGCCUAGUCUACGUCGUGGACCACAUUCCACAGCGCCUAGCCAAAGCCGCCAGCAUCGGUGCCGUUCCCAUCAACUUUACCAAGGGCGGUGCCUCGGCCUCGGAGCAGAUAUUGGCUCUCCGUCCCGGCGGCGUGAACCGUAGUGUCGACUGCUGCGGGCAGGAGUGCGUCAAUGCCGAGCUGAAGCCGCAGCAAGAUUACAUCCUACGUGAAGCCAUCGCCGUCACCUCUGUUGGCGGCGGGAUCGGGAUACCUGGCGUCUACUGGGCCCAGGAGAAGAGCGUGGGCGCGCCCAAUGCAGAUAAGAUGAAGAAGAACCUCAGUCUACCGAUGAGUGACUUUUGGAUCAAGGCGCUGACGAUGAAGAGCGGUAUUGUUCAGGGGCAGCCGACGUUUGCUGCGCUAGUGAAGCUUGUCGAGAGCGGACAGGCUAGACCUGGUUUCAUUGCUACGGCAGAGUACGACCUUGAUGACGCUCCCAAGGCGUAUAAGAGGUUUGAUAAGAAGCUCGAAGUCAAAGUUUUGUUCCGUGGCGCUGGCAAGGAGGGGAGGGACGACUAUGACUGGGAUGAGGAUGUGGAGUUGAAGAAUCAGGGGGGCGCUGGAAUGCGGAGGAACCAGAUAGUUUCAUCGCAACGGUCCGCUGACUUCAAUCUGAACGUCAAAUUUCCCUCAUACCUCUUUGCUGACCCUGAGACUUGUCCUAUGACUUGUUGCGCUACUUCAACAAGUUGCAUUGUGGCCCCUGCUUUCGAGUCAGAGGUUGGGUUUGCACCACUUACCUUGGUUGAGCUGAGGACUUGGGUGCCGCCACAAUGGGACAAGAAUCGGUUCAGAGACCAUCUCGCUGUUGUCAUUCAUGGAGACAAAAGCCUUGGCUUGAUCUCUAUCGUCUUCGAUGAUUCUACACUUCAUGAAUCCAUUCUCUAUUUCUUGCAAAUCCUCUGA